AUGGAUCCCGAUAGUGGCCAUAGUGGUGACUCCUCUGUGGAUGCAGAGCCCUUAAAAGAGGUAUUAGACCAGAUACCAGGCUUACCGGCACAUCCUGGUGAUCAAGAGCAGAAAGACCAAUCUUCGGAACCAUUGACGUCAACCCGCCCCCAUGCGCAAUAUUCACCGAUCAAACAUAGAGUGGAAGCAACAGCAGAUACUCGCUUGACGGGGAUCUUGGGCCAAUCCACACAAUCGACCAGCCGGCAUAUGCGAAGAUUUAGUGGCAGUACAGCCGCCAGUACUGCAGCUAGCUCCAUGAGUGAAUUGGAUCCUGGUAGUCCUAAGCCAUGGAGAAUUGGAGUAUGUGCAUUAGAUGUGAAAGCGCGCAGCAAGCCCAGCCAGAAUAUUCUCACUCGACUUCAAUCCAAAGGCGAAUUUGAAGUGAUUGUCUUUGGUGACAAGGUAAUUCUGGACGAAGCUGUAGAGAAUUGGCCGGUGUGUGAUUUCUUGAUCGCCUUCUUCUCUGACGGCUUUCCCUUGGACAAAGCCAUCGCAUAUGCCAAGCUCCGGAAGCCAUUCUGUGUCAAUGACCUUCCGAUGCAAAAAGUGUUGUGGGAUCGACGGCUCUGCCUGCGAAUUCUAGAUCAGAUGGGUGUUCCAACGCCCAAGCGUCUGGAGGUCAACCGCGAUGGUGGACCGGUAUUGGAAUCAUCGGAGCUUGCGCAGCACAUAUAUCGUCUGACUGGAGUCAAGCUAGAGGGUUCUGAAGAUGGAACGGGCGGUGGUGCUCCCAGAACCCAACAUGUACACAUGUCCGACGAUGGUGAAUCAUUGAUCGUGGAUGGCAAGGUUUUCAAGAAACCCUUUGUGGAAAAACCAGUCAACGGCGAAGACCACAACAUUCAUAUAUAUUUCCCCAACGAUGAGCAAUACGGUGGUGGAGGACGCAGACUAUUCCGCAAAGUGGGCAAUAAAAGCUCCGAGUAUGAUUCCAACUUGAAAGUACCUCGGUCUAUUACCGAAUCUGAAACUAGCUACCUGUACGAACAAUUCCUACGGGUGGAUAACGCGGAAGAUGUGAAGGCGUACACAGUUGGACCAGACUUUUGCCACGCUGAGACUCGCAAGUCUCCCGUGGUAGAUGGACUCGUUCGCCGCAAUACACAUGGUAAAGAAGUGCGAUACAUCACAAAGCUAAGCAAGGAAGAGGCCGCAAUAGCAUCGAAGAUAUCUAAUGGCUUCGGCCAGCGGAUCUGCGGGUUUGAUAUGCUUCGCGUAGGUGAUAAAAGCUAUGUUAUCGAUGUUAAUGGCUGGAGUUUCGUCAAGGAUAACAACGACUAUUACGACAAGUCUGCCAAUAUUCUUCGGGAAAUAUUUCUGGCAGAAAUGAGAAAAUAUGAGGAAUCAAUGGAGCCCUCUGAACCCCCGUCGCCGGUCAUACCCCCAGCCACCAGAAGAGGAACGAUGACCGGAGAUCAUCGCCAGAGUCUGAAAACGCUAUUCAAGUCUCCGAGCACGUCUAGGCUGUACAGCAGUCAGCAUGCAUCCAAGUCUCACGAUGCUGUCGUCUCGGAUGCCACCUCCAUCACGUCCUCCUCUGGGCUGGACGGUAAUAAUGCUAGCCCUAACUCCAACAACCAGAACUCUCGUGAAAUUCUCUCCAAUUCCCGUGGAUAUAGUCCUUCAAAUCCAAAGUCCCCUGCUGUUUCGGUCCACCAUGUCACUGAAGGAACUCUACCGCCACUCCCAGCUUCCAAGCACUCUUGGAAAUUAAAGGGAAUGGUAGCUGUCAUCCGGCAUGCCGAUCGCACUCCGAAGCAAAAGUUCAAAUUCACAUUCCAUAGCCAACCGUUCGUAGACCUCUUGAAGGGUCACCAGGAGGAAGUGGUCAUCAAAGGAGCGUCGGCUUUGUCUAGCGUCUCUGAUGCAGUGAAGUUGGCUAUAGAGCAAGGAUUGGAGGAUCCUGAAAAACUGAAACUGCUUCGGACGUCGUUGGAAAAGAAAGGCGGCUGGCCUGGAACUAAGGUUCAGAUCAAGCCUAUGUUUCGAAAGCGCAGACCGGAAGAGAUGCGGGAGCCAGAAUCAUCAACUACUACUCCUACCGCGCAAUCGGCUGAAAUUCCUCAAGAGGAAUCUCUCUCAUCCGCUACCCAUGAGGCUACACCCGACAUUGAUCCUUUCAACAGACCCCAGACACGCAGCGAUUCAAUAUCUGGCCCAACAUUCUCCCGGUUCUCUGCAGUAGAGAAUGAUCUCAUUCUGGAUAAGCUCCAGCUUGUCAUCAAAUGGGGAGGAGAGCCCACACACGCGGCCCGUUAUCAGGCGCAGGACCUCGGAAUGAAUAUGCGAGAUGAUUUGAAGUUGAUGAAUAAGGAAGCUCUCAAUAAUGUUCGUCUGUUCACGAGCUCUGAGCGACGAGUGAGCACAAGUGCUCAAAUCUGGGCCUGCUCAUUCCUUGAUCAAAAGGAAUUGCCCGAAGACUUUCUUCAGGUCAGAAAGGACCUUCUUGAUGACUCCAAUGCUGCCAAGGACGUCAUGGAUAAGGUCAAGAAGAAACUCAAACUGCUGCUUCGUGAAGGGUCUGCGCCUUCACAGUUUGCAUGGCCAAAGGACAGUAAUAUCCCGGAACCGUCCGUGGUACUGGCAACAGUAGUUGAGUUGAUGAAAUUCCACCGAGAUGUCAUGCGCCACAACUUUGCCAAGUUUGAGAGCUCAUCAACCAGCCCUCAUGACCCAGCUAAUCCCGAAUCGACUCAUCCUGAAAUCUCCAGUAUUCAGGGGCGUUGGUGUGCAGGAGAAGAUCCUCGUCUUUUCAAGGAGCGAUGGGAAAAGCUUUUCGCGGAGUUCUGUGAUACCGAAAAAGUUGACCCUAGUAAGCUGUCAGAGCUCUAUGAUAGUAUGAAGUUUGAUGCGCUUCAUAAUCGCCAGUUCCUGGAGUGGGUCUUCAUGCCCCCAGAUGUUGAUCGCGACGAAGAUGAUAAGAGUAGCCUAAAUCGCAGAAGCUUGAGUAAACAAGACUUAGCCUUGAUGGAGGGCAAGUCCGGAGCAGAUGCGACGAACGAAAGAACAGAAGAGCGCGCUGAAAGCCACACCUUCACCAAACGGUUUGGACUAAAGAAGCGACUUCACGCCUUUGAUUCGUUGCCGCAUCUUCGGGCUCUGGAUGAUUCAUAUGGAAAUUAUUUCAAGCUGUUUCCAGGCUCUAAUUCAAGCAAAUCUAAGAUGGACGAACGUCUUUCUAAGCUUCGGGAUCUAUACAAGUUGGCUAAAGUCCUGUUUGAUUACGUGACUCCCCAGGAGUACGGAAUCAAGGACAGCGAAAAACUCGAGAUCGGGCUUCUUACCUCUUUGCCCCUCUUGCAAGAAAUCGUCCGCGACUUGGAGGAAGUUCAGGCCUCUCCAGAUGCCAAGUCCUUUUUCUACUUUACCAAAGAAUCCCACAUAUACACCCUGCUUAACUGCAUUCUUGAAGGUGGGAUUCAGACCAAAAUUGCUCGCAGCGCCAUUCCAGAACUCGAUUAUCUCUCUCAGAUUUGCUUUGAAUUGUAUGAAGCCCGUGAUAGUGAAUCUGCUGUAAACUCCUAUUCAAUUCGGAUUUCGAUCAGUCCUGGUUGCCAUGCGUUUGAUCCGCUUGACGUGCAGCUCGACUCCCGACAUGCCAUCGGCUGUGCUCCACGUCGCAGCUUGACCGCACAUCAAGACUGGAAAGAGGUCAUUGAGACCCUCAAGGCGAAAUUUGACACUGUCAAACUUCCCAAGUCAUUCCUCGCUGUGAAUCUCAGUGACAAGCACUUUCCCCGUCAGACCGACGGACAAGAAUCUUCAGACUGA